GAUUACUACAGGUCGACAGGCUUCUUUCCACGGCUUCUGUCAAUUACAAGACACAUUUGUGCAGCCCAAUUCCGAACCGCGGGCGCAGUCUUUGCUCAAACAUGUUAUCUUUCCUGUUCCGAAAACCCUCUGCUGGACCUCCGUACGACAUUACGAAAAAUCCAUGGCGCGCGAAACGGAAGUGGCCUCCUGAUUUCGAACAGCUAUCACAGAAAGAGCAAUUCAAGUUCGAAAGGCGGUUCAGACGCAGACAUAAGCUGAAAUGGAUGCGACCUGCAUGGACGAAGGGUGUGAAGAUCACGCAGUGGGGAUCAAUCACAGCGAUACUGUUAUAUGCAGUCUUCGUCUACGAAGAUCCGAAAGCGGGCUCCAGAGACCAACCAUUUGCAUUUGUGAGUGAACCAUCGACGUCUGGCAUAGGCAAUUGCUUACGAACAGGCUCGUCAAUGGUACAAGGAAAGCAUACGACCGUUACUGCCCUUUGCGAAGAGCCACACCUCUUCGCCGCCACACCGAGGCGACCAAGUCAAUAGCCAAACUUCAUGAUCAGCUUGGCAACGGAUGGCUCAUUGAGGGCCUUAUAUUCGGAGCAGACGGCCAGGCAUGUGGAAUAGCAGACAACAGGCUUGCGGACAAAGCCGAAUGGACAUGCUUCUGACUGCCAGUGCAGACGGACACAUUACGUUCAGGCCACAAUACCUCUGCUUAGCAGACUUGAAGCACUCGAUCAUAUGAUCAAAUCAACGAGAAGCCUCGUUUCC